UCCUACGACAAACAUGGCAGCGCCCAUAUGUUUAUAUUUUCUUGCACAGUUUGUCAGCAAGAUACCCAACAUUAAUUACUUAAAUGUUAUUUUAAAAAAUUACUGCAGUUAAAUAAUAAAAAAAAAAUGGUGAUUUGUGCAGUGCCUAAUUGUUUCGAAAGAACGGGAAAAAGGGGAAAGAAAUGGAGAGAGAACCGCCAUGGAAAGGAUACCAGAUUGAAAGAAAGAAGUCCGGGCGAAAAGUUCAGGGUUGAACGUGAAAUGUAUGAACAAGUACUCUAGAAUAUGUUCAUGUCAUUUUUAUCGAGAAAUGUUUGAUAGGACAGGCAGUACUGUAAGGCUUAGAGAAAAUGCUGUGCCUCAAAUUCACACUAUUUAUACUCAGACGCCACCUCUUAUGAAUUUCUCAAUUCUUGAUUUGAUUAAUUCCGCAAAAUCAUUUGAAUUGCAACAAGUAUAUUCUGAAAAUAAUGUUGAACAAUGUAGCUCACACAAAAAUCAGGAUUUUCCAAUGCAGGAGGAGAGUGGACAAAAUUUUGUACAGCACGGCAUAGAAAAGUUUUGUUUAAAUAAUACUGAAGUUUGCACCUUGCAUGAGAAUGGAAACGUGUCGGAGGAGGCAGAAAGAGAAAGUGUUUUACACGUACAAGGUGCAUUUAAUCCUUCAAUAUUAGAAGUCAUCAUAACAGAAGACUUAUAUGAGUAAUGCUCCACCAUCGUCCUCAGACAAAAAAGGAAGAUGUUUUUAUGCAGGAGGAUCCUGCAAUCAAUCUGCAGGUAGAUUGUGCCUUAAAUUUUUCAAGUGUAGGAGAAAGUACUAUGGAAGUUUCUAGAGAUGACCCAAUACAAAUUCCCACUGACAUUGAAGGGAAAUCCAC